GCAAACCACUCCGUUAGAAUCCUUUCUGCGUUUCCUCACAAGCCGUCGGUACUACCCCCCUCCCUCCAAGCACCGCCACACACCGCACCCACUCGGCUGUGCUCCACACCACCGCCCGCAAAACGGUAAGCGAUUUCCUGAAAAGAAGAGGAAGAGAAAAGCAAUAAUAAUAAUAAUACAGCUACAUGAACGGCGGCAACACAGCAGGGGGACGGCUCGGCGCCUCCUCUUCUUCCAUGCCUCCCGCCCCCGCACCCGCCCCGGCCGUUGCGACGCCCGAGCUGACCAAGGAUCAGCUCGAGGAAAUCCGAGAAGCCUUCGACCUCUUCGACACCGACGGCAGCGGCACGAUCGACGUGCGGGAGCUGCGGAUCGCCAUGCGCGCUCUCGGCUUCGAGCCGCGCAAGGAAGAGCUGCGGCAGCUGGUGAACAACGCGACUGGAAGCGGGGGCGGUGCAUCGUCCUCGGCGAACAACGCUUCCACGGCGAAUACGGCUGCUGCUGCUGCGGGCGGCGGCGGAAGCAGCGGCGUCGUGACGUACGCACAGUUCGUGCAUAUGAUGGCGCAGAAGAUGUCGCAGCGCGACUCGCGCGAGGAGAUGCUGAAGGCGUUCGUGCUGUUCGACACGGAGGGCACGGGAAAGAUUUCGUUCCAAAAUCUGAAGCGGGUUGCGAUGGAGCUCGGGGAGAACAUGACGGACGCGGAGCUGCAGGAGAUGAUCGACGAGGCCGACCGCGACGGCGACGGCGAGGUGAACGAGGAGGAGUUCCUGCGUCUCAUGAAGAAGAGCUCCCUCUACUAA